GUGUGUGUGUGUGGGGUGGGAGGUCAGGCUGGAGCGGCCUGUGAGGGAGACGCGGGAGUCGAGCUCGGGCCGUUGCUGUUGCUCGGGGAGGAGAGGAGGAGAGGAGGAGGAGGCGGCGGCUUGACUUGGGGCUGGUGCCCCGGUUGGCCGGUUUAGCUGCCUGUGGCUUGAAAACUGAAAAUGAAUUCCGGCAGAAGGAGAGGAAGACCAAAUCAAGGAGGAGGAAAGUUCAAAAAGCAUGGUGGAGCGAGCCAUAGUGGGAAAGCUUCGAGCAAAUUGUGGGAUGAAGAUGAUUUCUGUUUCGACACGACACCACUUGUCCUUAAACGCUCUCGGGGUGCGGGUAGAGGAGGAUCGAGAGGAGGAUCAAGAGGAGGAUCGAGAGGAGGAUCGAGAGGAGGUUCUAGAGGAGGAUCUAGAGGAGGAUCUGGAGGAUCUAGAGGUGGAACCAGAGGCAGAGGUGCAACUACAAGUAGAGCUGAUCCUCCAAGUAGGCAAUUCCUACCAAAAGAAUUCAAGGAGCCAGGAGAAUUCAAUCUGUUCGCUAAUGCAACUAUGCCACAAAGAUCAAGUUUGGAUGGUCAAAGCGGAAGCAAGUUCAAAUCCAGAUCUGAAAGCCGAGUGCCUUUGCAGACUCUACACAUGACCACUGAGAACCAGAAGAAGGUCCGGGCACUCCUCCGAGAGCUUCAAAACCAGGAGACAGACAGCACGACUGAAGAUGAAGCUUCUGAAGACGAAUGCGAAAUACCGGAAGAAAAUGAUGAACUGGAUUACAGAGAUGAAGAUCAGUACUGGUCUACCAAAGAUGAAGGUGUUGCAGAGGCUGAAAAGAUUUGUCCUGUGUACCCACCUGUGGAGCAUUUUGUACAACCCAGCAUAUCCGUACUUGCUGUUCGGAAGCUGACCAGGUAUGGUUUUCAUGCAGACCAUUGCAUGCCAGCACUUGAAACAUUUGAUGGGGACAUAGGAUCAUCUCUGGAACAAUUGCUGGGGCAGUGCUUUGUGGAAAAGUUUGGUGAGGGCAUCAAGGCCUCUCGAACAGCAACUCGUGCCAGCGUGGCGGAGUGCGCGGAGCAAAGGCUGGAGGAAGCCCUCGUUCUUAGUUCUAUUUAUGCAGACAGGUUCUGCGAAAGGAUUCCAAAUCGCGUCUGGAGCGUGGAACUGGCACUCCAAUUCUUGACCAAGAAACUUUGCAAGUCAGCACGAUGUGAAACAGAAGACUUGCCAGAAAAAAACUUGAAAGGCAUUUGCCAGUAUUAUCUCCUGGGCAACUGCCGGUACGGGUCCAAGUGCAGAUUCAGACACGAGCGUCCUGGAGCUAGAGAACGGAAAGCAGAUGAUCACUUGCGCCAGGACAGCAAUGCGUUGCUAUAUACUUUGGAAAUCCGUUUCCCAAAUGAUAAUAAGUAUCCCUACCAAGCCCCAAUUGUAGCUUUUUCUUCCAUCAAUGACAAUCUGCCUCAAGCUUGCUGUUUGCAUAUAACUGAACACCUCUAUGGGGAGGCCUUGGCUGCAGCAGAGACAAAUGAACCAGUGGUCCACACUUUGAUCACGUGUUUGGAAGAUGAAGAGAAAAUGAGUGAAUUGCUUCUCAAAGACUCCCAUAAAUACAGCUUGCCUCCAAUCCUGAGUCUGGUCCCUUCUAAAAGAACUAAUAAUGCCGACACUCAGGAAACUUCCUACAGCAGUUUGUUGGAUCGGAGGUCAGAUCGGCCGUCAGAAGUGGUUACAGUGAAAGCUGAGACUGCAGUGGGCAAUGGUGAAUUACAGGUGGAGGAGGAGGAAGAGGAGCCCGAGGUAGUGGUUGUGGAAACUGAAAGCUACGCACAUCUGAAGAAAACUCAAUCCAGGAGAUAUGUACCCAGACUGGAAAAUAUGCAAGCGGAAAACCAAAAACUUCGUAAGCAGUUUCAAGCCAAACAGUCUUCUAGGCGUUACCAAUCCAUGUUGCAAGAGAGGAAGAAACUCCCAGCUUUUCAGAAACAAGCAGAAAUUUUGGAUUUGUUGAACAAACACCAGGUGUUGGUAGUGAGUGGAAUGACUGGAUGUGGAAAGACAACACAGAUUCCUCAGUUUCUCCUGGAUGAUUCUUUGAACAACCCUCCGGGAAUGCUUGCAAACAUUAUUUGCACUCAGCCUCGCAGAAUCUCUGCCAUCUCUGUCGCAGAACGUGUGGCUAAGGAACGAACUGAGAGACUUGGAGGAAUUGUGGGAUACCAGAUCAGACUUGAAUGUGUGAAGUCCUCCUCUACCAGGUUGCUUUACUGCACUGCAGGAGUAUUGCUCAGACGACUAUCAGGAGAUCCAAAUUUGCAUGGUGUGUCCCACAUUAUUGUUGACGAAGUUCAUGAACGAACCGAAGAAAGUGACUUCUUGCUGCUGGUGCUAAGGGAUCUGAUGCUCUCUCGGUCUGAUCUACGCAUUGUUUUAAUGAGUGCAACACUGAAUGCACAGUUGUUUUCGGACUACUUCAACUUGUGUCCUGUCAUUCAGAUCCAAGGAUAUACAUUUCCAGUGGAUCAAUAUUUCCUUGAAGAUGCAGUUACAAUGACUAAAUACGUUAUAGAAGAUGGAAGUCCCUAUGCACGCACCACAAAGCCUAAUGACCCUUGGAAAGCCAAAGGUAAAACCAAUCGAAAUACAGUGGAUCAGGUUGAGGAAGAGCUAAUGUCUCUGAAUGUGCACGAUCAAACAGUCGUCCGAGACAGCGUUCCUGACCAGCAACUCACGGUUAAACAGUUGGUGGCCCGAUAUAAAGGCAUCAGUAAGUCUGUAAUAAAGACAAUGGCUACUAUGGCUGAAAAGAUUAACUUGGACUUAAUAGAAGUUUUACUGGAAUGGAUAGUGGAUGGCGAUCACGACUAUCCUCCAGGUGCAGUUUUGAUUUUUAUGCCUGGUCUGGCAGAAAUCAAGAUGUUGUAUGAACAGCUACAGUCUAAUCCUUUAUUCAACAACCGGCGCAGUAAGAGAUGUACUAUUAAUCCGCUCCAUUCCUCGCUGUCCAAUGAGGAGCAACAAGCUGUUUUUAAUCGCCCCCCAGAAGGGGUUACCAAGAUCAUAAUCUCCACUAACAUUGCUGAAACAUCAGUUACAAUUGACGAUGUUGUCUAUGUUAUCGAUUCUGGCAAGAUGAAAGAGAAAAGGUACGACCCAUGCAAAGGAAUGGAGAGUCUGGAGGACUCCUGUGUUUCGCGAGCGAAUGCUCAGCAGAGGAAGGGUCGAGCUGGCCGUGUAGCGUCAGGGGUCUGCUUUCACCUGUUCACCAGUCACUGCUACCAGCACCAUCUCCAGGAUCAGCAGUUGCCAGAGAUCAAGAGGGUGCCGCUGGAACAGCUCUGUCUGAAGAUCAAAAUUUUGGACAUGUUUGAAGGCUGUGAUUUAGAAUCUGUUCUGUCACAGUUGAUUGAGCCACCAGCGGAAGAAGGUUUAAAAGCGGCCAAAAGCCGGUUGCAGGACCUGGGAGCUCUUACAACAGAUGAGAAGCUCACUCCCUUGGGUUAUCAUUUAGCCUUAUUGCCUGUGGAUGUCCGGAUUGGAAAACUAAUGCUUUUUGGUGCUAUCUUCCGUUGCCUUGAUCCAGUUCUAACCAUUGCAGCUAGUUUGGCCUUUAAAUCUCCUUUUGUUUCUCCCUGGGAUAAAAGAGAAGAAGCCAACAAUAAAAAGCUAGAGUUUGCUGUGGCACACAGCGACCAUCUUGCCCUUUGUAAGGCUUAUAAGUGCUGGACAGCUGCACUAAAAGAGAAUUGUCAUUCAGGGUACAGCUACUGUAAGGAAAACUUCCUAUCUGGAAGAGUCCUACAAGAGAUUGCCAGCAUGAAGAGACAGUUUGCAGAGCUAUUGUCUGACAUUGGAUUUGUAAAAGAAGGACUGAAAGCCAGAUAUAUUGAUAAGAUGUCCUCACAGGGAGGAGAUGGAAUCGUGGAAGCCACUGGACAAGAGGCCAAUUCCAAUGCAGAAAAUAUGAAACUGGUCUCAGCGAUUCUGUGUGCUGCGCUCUACCCUAAUGUAGUCCAAGUGACUGUUCCACAGGGCAAGUAUCAGCACACCAGUAGUGGGGCAAUAAAAAUGCCACCAAAAGCAGAAGAAUUGCGCUUUGUCACAAAGAAUGAUGGAAAUGUCCAUAUCCACCCCUCUUCUGUGAACUAUCAGGUGCGACACUUCGAAAGCCCAUACUUGGUGUACCACGAAAAGGUGAAAACCAGCAGAGUGUUUCUGCGAGACUGCAGCAUGGUAUCCGUGUACCCGUUAGUCUUAUUUGGAGGUGGCCAGGUCAAUGUACAACUGGAGCGGGGGCAGUUCAUAAUUUCUCUGGAUGAAGGGUGGAUUCGGUUUGCUGCUGCUUCCCACCAGGUCGCUGAGCUGGUGAAAGAGCUGCGCUGGGAACUGGACCAGCUUUUGGAGGAUAAAAUCAAGAACCCCACUAUGGACCUGUGCAGUUGUCCACGAGGAUCACUCAUUAUCAACAUGAUUGUGAAACUUAUAACAACUCAGUGAGAACCAGUCUGGAGAGGACUGUCGGGGUACAGUAGAACAAUUCUAGGCUUCAGCACUUGCCUACACAACUUGUAGGCCCUUUGCUUUCCAACAUUCACAUCUGAGGAUCCUUCUGAGCACUUUGGGUGGAACAGUAGCUCGAAAUGACUGAUCGACUGUCCCAAACCAGAUAAAAUGUGUAUGAACAUCUGAAGCAUGAAGCAGUAAAGUAAUACUGAGACUGUUAGUAAAGACGUGACCAACAUUUUACUAAAAUUAAAAUGGAAAUUGAACAUUUA